CUGUCAGUGAUAAAGAUCUGUGUACACACAGCGCAUGUGCGGGGGUGUAGAAUGACAUUGGUUGGGGUAGGUUUGCUGGAAUGACAUCCGGUUGUCGGUGUAUUAUAGUUCCCCGGGAUGGCGAGUGGUUGUUGCUGGGAUCAAGGCUCAGGCAAGAAUCAGAGGUCCCCAGCUGAGUGACAGUAGGAGAGCAGGUAAUGAAUGGUGGGAAUGAGAAGCAGCAGACGCCUGUUCCUGAGGUGUUUACGCCUUGGGCACAGGCGCCAUUUUCGAUUUCUGAGUCAUUUUGUGGAUUACCUGCGAUACUGGAAGUUUUGCAUUGUCUCCCUAUCCUACAAUUCCUUCACUAACAGCGAUGUUGUCAUUGAAUCUCUCUUUGAACCUAUUUAUUGGUUGGUGGAUCAUGUGACCAGAUGGUUUGGAAUAGUGUUUGUAGGUCUGGUGAUUGUGCUGACGAGCUCUAUAGUACUAAUUGUGUAUAUCUGCGUACUCCCCCUCAUAGUGCAGACCUAUUCUACUGCCUGGAUAUGUUGGCACUUAACCUAUGGCCACUGGAAUCUCAUUAUGAUUGUGUUUCAUUAUUACAAGGCAAUUACAACACCACCCGGGUACCCACCAAAGGCUCAGACCGACAUCCCUUCUGUCGCUAUUUGUAGAAAGUGUAUAGCACCUAAACCUGCUCGGACGCAUCACUGUAGUAUCUGUGGCAGGUGUAUACUGAAAAUGGACCAUCAUUGUCCCUGGCUGAACAACUGCGUGGGUCAUUACAACCAUCGUUAUUUUCUCUCCUUCUGCCUUUUCAUGACUAUGGGGUGCAUCUACUGUAGCGUCAGUAGCCGUGUGAUGUUCCAGGAAGCCUAUGCAUCUAUUGAGAAAAUGAAGCACCAAGAGAAGGAGAUACUUCAGUUUGCAGCCAAUGAGACCUACAACCAAACUCCGCCUCCUGCGUUUUCCUUUAGGGAGAGAGCGUUUAACAAGAGCAUAAUUUACCUCUGGGUUCUUUGUAGCUCUGUAGCACUGGCACUUGGUGCCCUCACCCUGUGGCAUGUCAUGCUGAUUACACGAGGCGAGACCAGUAUAGAGAGACACAUAAACAAGAAGGAGAGGAAAAGGUUACAAGCAACAGGAAAGGUGUUUAAUAAUCCAUAUAACUACGGACGAUGUCAAAAUUGGAGAAUAUUUUUGGGCGUAGAAACUAAUAUACAUUGGAUCACCAGAGUCUGUCUUCCAUCUUCCCACCUUCCUGAGGGCAGCGGAUUGACCUGGAACACUCCAUCUUGGAUUCCUACUAAUCAGGCAUCUAUCCUUGCCAUAUGACUGAGACACCUUAAAAUAGACUUCUGGCCAAUAUCACAGCUGCCUUGUGAUACCUUUUAGCACCUGGAUCACUUUGUGGAUGUUGUAUUUUUAUACAUGGUAGUGUGGGAAAGUGAUGACAUUUGUAUAUAAUAAUUUAGAUGUUCAUGUGUGUGAGUUGACAACUCCUAAUAUUUUAAAGGGGAAAUAAUCUAGCAAGUUAACCAUUGUGUAUUUAAACUUUAUAGGUUAUUUUGCAGCACAUACAAACCACAGUCUCACCUUUAGUUUUAUAAAGGUUUCACAUUUUCUGCAUUAGUGUUUAGCAGACUGGGUUCCAUCAAACUCUGCUCUUUGAUGUACUUAGGACGUUUCAUGCCAUCCUAUAAGCACAGGGCGGCAUGGAACUUCCUAACUUUUGCGGUGUCCUGCUCCCCUCAUCGUUGAAGAUACAACUGGGGGACGUGCCUAGCAACGUAGGCAGCCCCCCCCAGGAUCCAAUCAGCACUGUUUUUGAGUCACAUGAUCACACUGACAAUCAUGUUACUUAUUUUUCCAUUUUGUUUCCGUUCUUAAAGAGGAAGGUUUCCUUUGUCCUGAAGUGGUUAAUAGUUUGUGCUUAGGAGCACAAAAAAAAAAAAAAAAAAGUCUCUUGAAAAAUGUUAACAUGGAGUAUAAAGGCGACAACUGCAGUUACACAGGCUUGGGUAGCAUAUACUAAAGCGGUGGAGAGAAACUGUACUUCCAUAAAGAUUAGGUUAAUUUGUGAAGAGAUCAUUCUAGUAAUAACAGAUACAUUUCAUGCAACUACCUCUAAUUAUGGGUGCUGCCAUUUUGGAACCUAGGUCAGAUAUCAAAUGGAGAGUUGCUGUACAUGUGUCGGCACCCAUGCCUAGAGGAGUUGGGAAAUGAUCACAAUACUUUGCUUAUAAAGUGUAUUAUGUGUAACCACCAAGCUAGCUGAAUUAGUGGCAUACACAAAUCUUGCCACUCCACAUGAAUCCUAUUGGCAAGCUUUUAGUAACACACUAAUGUUGUAAAACAACUUGCGUAUUUAAAGGCUUAGAAAGGAAAACUCAGAACAAGAACUCCAGUGUUUCGGGGGAGACUGAUAUGCUCUAAGGCUAAGCUCACGUUGCCUACAAGAGCACUUGUUAACUGUUCUACUUAGUCGGCUUUUAAAGAUACAGAACUCAGAGAAGCCUUGGAGGCACACAAAGUAUUAAAAUAAAAAUCAACUACUAGGAACAUCUGGUAAAAAAUAAUUACAGCUUUGAUCAGUCAGUCAAGCACAGAAACCCAGCCAACAUGUUUGCUUUCAUACCUCUGAUUUGCCCUGUAGUUUUCCAAUAAAUGUUAUGUCCUAUUGAAUUGUUACACGGUACUACAAAAAAACAUUUUAGUUAAUCAACAAUAUAGCUACAGGUUCUGUUAUUCCAGUAACACAACGGUACACCAUUUAACUAGUCUUCUAAAUGUGUGAAUACUUUGUGUUAUUUUUCUCAAGUUAAAGGGACACUCAAGUCAAAAUUAAAUAAACAACUUUCCAAUUUACGUCCAUUAACAAAAUGUGCACAGUCUUUUUAUAUUUACACUUUUUUGAGUCACCAGCUCCUACUGAGCAUGUGCAAGAAUUCACAGAAUAUACUAUAAGCAUUUGUGAUUGGCUGAUGCCUGUCACAUGAUGCAGUGGGAGAGGAAAUAGAGAGAACUUUAAAAUUUGUCAGUCUGAACUUCAAAUGACAAGUUGUUUUUUUCUAAGUGCUAUUGCAUUGUCUUUAUCAUGCAUUUGUUGAUUAUGCUAAUCUACUGUAUUUACUGGUCCUUUAAGAGUGAGCAAAACCCAUGCUUUCACUUAAUUUGGUCCUGAAUUAAUAAAGGGAUAUGAAAAUAAAAAUUAAACGUUAAUGAUUUA